CCUUAUGAAAUUUCCAUUACAGGGCUACAAACAGAUGACGAGACGUUCUCGCAAAGUUUCUUGGUGAUAAUUAACUUUUUUUUUUCUAACGGAAAGUUGAACGUUUAGUGGGUAGCUGGACCGUGAUUAUCAGAAACAAUUGUGCCAUGUACCGUUCCAGUAAUUAAGUCGCAUGGAGGAUCGUUCGUUUAGAAAUGUUUCGUAUACGUUCGAUUUAAAGGCGAAAUAAAUACGUCUAGAGAACUUGCAAUUUUCUACUGUACUGUCAGUUGAACAUAAGAUUAAAUUUAUAUUGAGACAGUUCUCCGAGAAAUAAACGAGAAAAAAUGAACGUGUUUGCAACGUUGUACGUUCGUGAGUUUUGCUUUCUAUCGCUCGCAUGUAAACCCAGGUGAAUAAGCUAUGUUCUUUUGCCGUAAAGAAACGAAUUUUUCCCGAAGAAAAUACAACAGAAGUAUUUGAAAAUAGUAGAAUAGAGCGAUCAUUCGUAUGUAGAGCAAAAAAAAAUAGAAGUUUUUCUAAAUUUAUAUGCUGUACGUUGAUUUUAAAUAUCGUCACGGAUUUAUAACAUUCGCCAUCUUUUGAGGAAAACUGAAAUCAUUGGUUUCUACUGAAUCACGAGAUAACAAGGACUGUUUAUACCAACAAAUCCGGAUGCUGUUACGGAGCAACAACAUGUGAAUGCAAUUUAUUUUGUCAGCCAUAUUGUUUUCGAAAACAUUGCAAAUCGAAGAAGUUGUAUUUUUCUAUUUUCACGCGGUCAAUAUAAUCGGUUACGAAGAAUUAAAGUUUUUAAAUAGAUUGCAAGAGAUGAAAGUAAAAAAUUUUGUUUACGAUUAAGGAGCGGCUUGGGUUAAAAUAUAUCGUUAUAGUUUUUUUAUUGGAGCGAGAACAAGUGAAAUCAUGAAAGAAAUGUUGACAAAUCAAACUGGUUCAGGAUAUAUCAAUUCCUUUGUUAACAACAACGGAGACGCAAAUAGUAACAAUGCAAUGGACAAUAAUACAAGAAGAUAUGCUGUUCUUAGUACUGACUGGAUAUCUGCGAUCGGAGAAGAAUUAGGAAUGCAUCCUCUGCCUGACUCUUUAAUGAAACGAUUGGCAGAGGAUGCUUCAUAUCGGCUCAGAGAAGUUCUACAUAAAUGUGUAACGAGAUUGAAGCACAGCAAGAGGAAACGUUUGACAUCUAAUGAUGUAAAUGCUGUGAUUACUAAUCUAUGCGAUGUGGAUCCAAUAAUGGGUGCACCUGAAUCUAUGCCAGAAUAUCAUGCAGAGGCCAGAGUAUUUGUUCCUAAUGAACACAUUAUUAAUCUAGUACAAAAAAUAAAUGAUCCUGUUAAUAUUAUACAAAACAAUGUACCUUUCAUCCAAGAAUCAGAAAUAUGUGAUAUAAGACUAACAGAAGCAAGGAACAAUUAUGCAAAACGUGCAUUGAAGACUUUGUUUAAUGGGUCUCAAAAAACAUUUCAGGUGUUAAUUAACGAUUGUGCUACCAAUGCUCAUCUGGGUGGUGAAGGAGUGAUAGACAAAUUAAUGUCAAUUGCUAGAUCCAUGGUUAUAUCGAAUAAUGCGCAAUACACGCGAGUCUCUACUAGAACGUGCCAACUUAUUAUUUCAAUAGCAAGUAACAGUGAAGCUGUUUACCCAUACCAUUUAACAUCGGUAGACAAGUUGACUGAAUUGUUGUUAGAAUUACUUUUGGGACAGAGCUUCAUAAAUCCAAAUCUUGAAGCAUUAUUUAAGGAAUGUGCUCUUAAAUUAAUGCUUCGCUGGCCAUCCGUUGCCGACAAGUAUUUUCCAAUAUUGGAGAAUGUGUUGCUGAAAGAAGAAAAAGAAAGUGUCGAUGGAGAGAAGAAAAAGACAAUGGCGAUGGAAUUAUUAGCGAGCAUUCAACCUUUAAUAUUUUUUCAACAUGGGCCAGAUUCGUCGCUUUCUAUAGAAAAUGUUUUAAAAUACGCUCCACCAGGUUCUGCCUUAUGGCAAAAAAUAGCUCUCGCUGUCUGUGCUCUUAUCAAGUCUCAGUCUCAUUUCCUAAACAUUGCGGUCCUUAUGGAACAUUUUGGGGACGCGUUACUGCCAUACUUACCUGUCAAUUACAAAAGCACAGUGAAUGCGUUUAGAAAACCUACGUCUCUUCCAAUUACUAUUAAGAGCAAGAUAAAGUACGUGAACGUUAGACCUAUUCCAGCGAAUCGAAUGUUAUGGGAUCGGCAGUCUGUGUUCCCUGACUCUACUUUGAAAGGUCCUAGACGAGAAAUUAGGUUUGCAUUUGCUGGUGGACGCCCAGUACCACCAAGUAACUUGAGGCGGGUUAGUCUACGAGCGAAUUACCAAAUUUUGAGAAGCGAGCUUCAGGCAACUCUCGCCCUUGUCGCAGCACGAAGGUUACUGGUACUUAAAGACAAAAAGAAAAGGCCGUUCGAUGCUUACAGUCUGGUCUACGGCUGUCUAUAAAUUCAACUGAAAUAGGUAUUAUAGAUGCUGUGCAUCUGAAUGUGUUAUUUAAAUAAUUUAUUUUAUUUUCUAUUUUGAAUUCGUUGAUUACAAAGAAUGACGUACAUCAAUCUUGAAUAUUUCCUCGUUCAAGCGAGAAAACAUUUGUAUAUUAACUCAUGUACAUAAUGUUUCAGUUUCGUUAUUUAUGAUCUUAAUUAGUGUAACAUCAUGUUUUUAUAACGAUGAAUUCUGUAUAUUUCUAUAAAAAGAUCCAGAGAUAUUUAUUAAAGCAACGAUAAAGAAAAGACUGAAGUAGUAACUAACCUCUUGGUAAAAAUCAAGUGUGCCGUCUUUCAAAGACAGUUUUGGAGUCCUUGCGGUAACUUUGUAUGCGAUAGGAAAUGGACAGAAUAAAGAUUACUCGAGCACGUAGGUCGAAUGUAUAUCUUGACCGGUACCUACAAUGUAAAUACUUAGUAUUAGAUUCCAAUGCCGCGGUAAUUUAAAUCCUGUACAUUAAGUAUUACUGAAUAACAGAUAUGUUAUGUACGUACAACUUAAUUUUCAAGUAUUUUAGAAAUAUAUUUCUGGAGUUGAUACGCUUACCUCGCUGAGCCUUCGUCGGCUCAAAAUACCAUUUCCAUGGAACAGCGUAUAGUUGCCCAUUUGAAUUGUACAUGUGUUCUUCCCCUAAAAUUAAUACAUUUUGAAAAUAGUGGAUACAAAAUUUAAACGAUGGAUAAAAAUACGAACCGUAUCGACGGGUAGACAAUGUACUUGUUUGUCAUUGUUUUUUAUAAGCCUCGUGUUUGUAAAAGAGUUACUGGACAUCUUAUCUUCAAAGAACUGUUCCAUUAAAUUAUUAUUGCCGUCAGCAAUUUGAAACUCAAUAUGGCUUUUAUAUACGGUGUGAUGUUCAGAUUUUGAUAACUGACUAGGAACGAUUUUUUUAAUAAAUUUUUUAAGCUUGCUUUUCACAGUAUGCACAAACGUGAAACUAUUUUUCUUUUGCACAUUUCCAAAAUCAUGUCCUUUUUUAGAAGCAAUGGCUCCCCGAUUCAAGAGAGUAUUCUUCUUCUUUGAAUAAUCAUCAACCAAUUUCUCUUUUACAUUCAAUUUGAUCUUUUCUUUUUUUACUUUUGUCGCAUUACUGUUAAACAAGCUACUUUCCGUUAAAUUUUGAACCACUUUCUCUUUUGCGUGCAAAUUAUUCCUUUCCCGUUCAACCUUUGUUAUGUUAUCUGAUUCUGGACUGGAAAUAAAUACGUUAUCAUCUUCAGAACUACUUGACUUUUCCAAUUCUGUGUUCGGAUUGUUCUGGUUAGCUUUUUCAUCCUGUUUUUGUUCUGCAGUCACUGGGACUAUAGACAUUUUUUUGCGUUCUACGAAAAUAUUUAUCUCAGUAGAGAAGUAGGAAUAAAAAGAAAGAAUAUGUAAUGCUUACUAUGCUUGAUCCAAAAUUCCUGUAUUUUAUUUGCAUAGUUCUUACGGUAAUUUUUUCUAUGAACUUCCAACUUAAAGAAGAGGGCUUCUGUUAAAAAGAUAAAUUGCGUUCCAUAGUGAACCAUUGUAUGCAAUUCUUGUUUAGGUACAACUGCUUCCAGAAUCGUUUUACAUUUGUCCAUGUGAACAGUGCCUAUCAAUAAUUACCUUUUUGCAAUUAUUUGAAAUAGAUAAGAAAAGAACGCGUGUAAAUUUACCUUUUGGAUGUUUAGAGUAACGUUGAUAGAAAUCUUUAUAGGACAACCGAAUUGGAUAUUUAUACUUGGCAAUAGAUAAAGCAUCAAAAACACCAAUGUCAGCUAAUUGCUUUCGAAGGUCAUUUUUAUCCCAUUCAUGAUCAUUCAACCGACUAAAAAAGUAAUGGUUAAUAAAAGGGAUUCAUACUAGUUCUUCGUUUCACACUCAUACAAAGUACCUGGGUUUAAUACACCUUACAUAAUGUAAGUCACACUUGCUCAGUUCUUUCAGAAGUACAUCUAUAUUACACUUUAAUUUUGUUAACAUUGUUUUCUUCUUAGUGGGUGUCCUAGCAAUCUGCAGGUGGGGUUUCUUUUCAAUGUCGAUCAGAGAACGAAGAAAUUUAUUCUUACUUGUAUGAAAGAUUAUCGACAUUUCAUCUGGAACCUGAAGCACACAAUAAUUAAUGAUCUGUAGCAGUAGAUUUCACGAUGAACGUAAUACCUUAUCCGUGUUUUUGGAUAACAAAUCUUCUAUAGAGUAUGCAACAGGAUAGGAAUAAUGUCGUACAAUGAAAUUGCCCUCUUUUAUGCUUAAAAAUUUGUUUUGUUUACUGUACAAUUUUGUAUAAACUAGUUGAGUAAUCGUGGGUAUGUCCAUUACUAUAGGAGACUGUGAAACCUGUAAUUUAAGAACUGAUGACACUACACCGAGGACAGGUGUAAAAUAAAAUUAAGCAUUGUACACACGUCGUUUAAGGUCAGAAACAGGGUUUCCUCAAGAAUAGUUAGCCGUUCUUUGUACACGUUAAUAGUGUGCAAGGGCUCGUUGCUUUCAAUGAAACCUUCCUCCUGCAAGUACUUCCGGCUACUUUCCAAAUACGU